AUGGCAAAACUGAUUGAUAUAAACCCUGCGGCUACAGAAGACGACUAUAUAAGUAGAAGAGCAGACCGCCUCCUGUACCCGACCUCCAAACAGUUGGAAAACAUCAGGAAAGUCCGACAUACAAAAAUGAAGGUUUCCGUUGUGUUGCUGCUGUUCGCCCUGGUGGCUACCAGCCUCGCUAGCUUCUACUACCCACCUAGGAUCGCGAAGGUCCUCGUCAUUCCUAAAUACGGCUAUGGUGGCUAUGGAGGCUAUGGAGGCUACGGUGGCUAUGGAGGCUAUGGAGGCUACGGUGGUUACGGUGGUUUGGGAGGCCUCGGCGGCUUCGGCGGCAUUGGAGGCUUUGGCGGCUUUGGCGGCCUCGGCGGCCUCGGCGGCCUCGGCGGCCUCGGCGGUUACGGAGGUUACGGACGUGGAGUAAUUGGAGUUGGAACUGUCGGCAUCCUUGGCGGUGGUCUAGGUAUUGGCGGAGGUUUUGGAUUUGGUGGUGGUCAUGGGGGCAAAUACUAAUGACCUUACUGAUGGACCACACAGUCCUGUCUCAAAUACUAGGUCGUGGAAACGUACAUUCAUAGCCAACCUACGAAAAUGCUGUCAUGCUUCGAUUAAUAAAGUUUCGAAAUCUU